AUGGUUCUUCGAAAGAAAACCCCAAGACUCCCUGGAAAAGGUCCCGAAUUAGCACAUCUAGCAAAUUUCCCAAAUGAAUUUGAGAUUAAUAAAGAAGUGGUACCGGAAAGUGAAGUCAUAAUCGGCUAUAAUAGACGCAAGAAGAACCCUGAAACUACCAUGGCAAAAAUCCGCAGAAAUACUAUUGACAAUGUAAUCCAACAAGUUAAUCAAGAGAUUAUGGAAUAUAUGGGUACUCAAGAACAUAAUCAAGGUGGAGAAGAGGAACCACCUAAACAAGAAGAAGAAGAAAAUGAAAAUGAAGCGAAUGACAAUGAUGACAGUGAAGAAGACGAGGAAGAUGGAGAUAAGGAUGGAGAUAAUGAAGAUGGCAAAUCAGGGGAGGACUCGGAUGAAGAGGAUGAGGAAGAGGAACAAGGAGAAAUAAUUCAAAAAAAAUCCUAG